AUGCCGGAGCCUGGGAAGAGGAGGAGGAGGAUGCCGCUGCCCGGGCUGCUGGCUUGGGCGCUGCUGCUGCUGCUGAGCGCGGCCGCGCCUCCGGGAGCCGGCGGGGCAGAGCUGAGCUUCAGCCUGCGGAGCCCUCCGCUGCGCCAGGUCAGCCCGGCUUUCCUGUCGCUCACCCUGGAUGCCAACCUGGCCACCGAUCCCCGCUACAUCACCUUCCUCAGUUCUCUGAAGUUGCGGACCUUAGCGAGAGGUUUAUCGCCCGGCUUUCUGAGAUUUGGAGGCACCAAAACAGACUUCUUGAUCUUCGACCCCAAAAAGGAACCCACCUUUGAAGAGGAGAUCUUCUCAGACUUGUUGGCGAAACAAGAUGCUGCAGACCCUUGUGGAUUCAGACCGGCACCUUUGGACCUAAUAGAGUACUUGGAGCUGCAAUGGCCCUUCCAGGAGCUGCUGAUCCGUGGGGAGCUGGACAAGAAGAAACACAAAAAUACCACCAUCACAAGAAGCACGCUGGACAUUCUUUACAACUUUGCCUACUGUUCAGAGCUACAUCUAAUCUUUGGACUCAAUGCGCUGCUCCGGACGCACAGAUCCCACUGGGACAGCUCGAACGCUCGGUUCGUUUUGGAUUAUUGUGAUUCUCAGAACUACAACAUGUCUUGGGAACUUGGGAAUGAGCCAAACAGCUUCAGGCUGAAGUCUGGCAUUCAUAUCGAUGGCUUCCAGUUAGGACAAGACUUCAUACAGCUUCGUCACCUUUUGAGCAACUACAGCCACUAUAGGGAUUCCAAACUCUACGGGCCUGACGUAGGCAGGCCUCGAAAGCAGACUCAGAGGCUGCUGAGAAGCUUCCUGAAAUCGGGAGGGAAAGUAAUCGAUUCUGUCACAUGGCACCAUUACUAUGUAAAUGGACGGAAUGCCACUCGAGAGGAUUUCCUCAGUCCAGAUGUGCUGGAUACCUUCAUUGCAGACAUACAGAGUGUCCAGCAGAUUGUCGAUGCCACAGUACCAGGGAAGAAAGUGUGGCUGGGAGAGACAAGUUCGGCCUAUGGAGGGGGCGCUCCUCGACUGUCCAAUACAUACCUUGCUGGUUUUAUGUGGCUGGACAAACUAGGACUGUCUGCUAAGCUGGGUAUCGAUGUGGUGAUGAGACAGGUUUUCUUUGGAGCAGGGACAUACCAUCUGGUGGAUGCCAACUUUGAACCGCUGCCAGAUUAUUGGCUCUCUUUGCUGUACAAGAAACUGGUGGGCAACAAAGUCCUGAACAUCAGCCUGACAGGUGAAGACCACAGGCGGCUUCGGGUGUAUCUUCACUGCACAAAUGAGCACCAUCCAAAAUACAGAGAUGGUGACAUCACCCUGUUUGCCUUAAACCUCUACAACAGCACAAAAUACCUGCGGCUCCCCUCUUACCUCUCUGGCAAGACUGUUGAUGAAUACCUUUUACUGCCUUAUGGAAGCGAAACCAUCCUUUCCAGGUCUGUUCAGCUAAACGGUCACAUCCUUAAAAUGCUGAAUGAUGAAACCUUGCCAACACUCAGGGAGAAGCCUCUUAGCCCAGGAACCAGUCUUGGACUUCCAGCUUUUUCUUACGGCUUUUUUGUAAUCCAAAAUGCCAAAGCUAUAGCUUGCAUCUAGCCAGCGAAUGCAUAUUCCGAGAAUCCCAUGGAAGGUUUUGUAAGAAUGUCUCCCGGGCAGUCCUGCUCCAGAUUUGCAGAAACCAAGGGCUUAUCAUGAACCUGAUAGCUUGGGAGCUGGCUAAGGUUUGGUGUUCUUCCAUCUCUCAGGUUUUUUAAAAUGGUUCACUUGGCAGCACUUUAUUGUCCCCACCAUUGUCUGCAGUGAUCAGAGUCAUUCUCAUUGAGUCCCAGAGUUUUGUAGUGGUCUGACUAGGAUCUGAGAGACCAGGGUUCAGAUCCGUACUUGGUUCACAGAGUGACCUUAGGCCAGUCGCUUUCUCUCA